CAGAAGGAAACGGCGGAGCGCAACGAUGGAGCGCUUAUAGGAGCUAGAAGGAGAAGAACAUGAAACCAAGUCACCUAUAUGACCAAAGAAACGAGACCGGCUACGAGCAGCGCAAAACUAACCAUGCAAUUCAAAUAUAGACGAAUUUGAGCCGCCGCCUCUUCUUCAAGGUUACAACGCUUGAAGACGCACCCCACACCUUCUUGACGCAGAUCAGCUGGCGCACGUUGGUAGAGAGCGGUCAUGUCCGUGGAGGAGCAGGGCUACCCCACCGCGAUGCUGCUGGAGGCCAGGCCGGAGUGGCUGCGGGCUGAGAUCGAGCGUCUCUGCAGGGAGCUGGCUGAGACCACCAGCGAGAAGAUCCAGGCAGCGGAGUACGGGCUGGCGGUGCUGGAGGAGAAGCAGCAACUCAAACAGCAGUACGAUGACCUGGAGGUGGAGUAUGACUCCGUGAGACAGGAGAUGGAUCAGCUGAAAGAGGCCUUUGGACAAGCUUAUACCAACCACAGAAAGGUGGCAGCAGAUGGGGAGAGCCGAGAGGAGUCUCUGAUCCAGGAGUCGGCCUGUAAAGAGGCCUACUACGAGCAGAGAGUCCUGGAGCUGCAGAACGAACUCCGUCAGACACGAAACAUCCUCACCAACUCCCAGUCUGAGAUCGAACGCCUUACUGCCAUCUCCCAGGAGAUGAAAGAGAACAGCCAGAUGGUGGAGCUCCAGAGGAAUCAGCUGCGUGAUGACAUCAAGGAGUACAAGUUCAGGGAGAGUCGUCUGCUGCAGGACUACACAGAACUGGAGGAGGAGAACAUCUCACUGCAGAAGCAAGUCUUAGUGCUCAAACAGAGUCAGGUGGAGUUCGAGGGUUUGAAGCAUGAGAUCCGUCGUCUCGAGGAAGACACUCAGUUCCUGAACAGCCAGCUGGAGGAUGCCAUCCGCCUGAAGGAGAUUGCCGAGCGCCAGUUAGGUGAAGCUCUGGAAACCAUCAAAACUGAGCGUGAGCUCAAGGGGUCCCUGAGGAAAGAGCUCUCCCUCUACAUGAAUAUCGGAGACUCUCUUUAUCACAGUCCCCUCAGCGUCUCUCUGGAUGGUCUGAAGUUCAGUGAUGAUGCUGCCACUGAACCAAACAACGACGAGGCUUUGCACGGAUAUGAGGACGUCUUCGCCAAACUGGCCAACACCAUAGCCGAUGACAACCGCGUUUCCACGCCCAAGAAGGAGGGACUCUUCCACCCUGCGCCCAGCCUUGUUGAUGACCUGCUGAGUGAACUCAACAUCUCAGAGAUCCAGAAGCUCAAACAGCAGCUGAUGCAGAUGGAGCGGGAGAAGGUCAACCUGCUUUCAAAUCUCCAGGAAUCCCAGAAACAGCUUGAGCAGGCCAACGGGGCUCUGUCAGAGCAUCAGGAGAAGGUCAACCGUCUCACUGAGAACCUCAACGCCAUCCGUAAGCUCCAAGCCAGCAAGGAGCGCCAGUCUGCUUUAGACAAUGAGAAAGAACGUGACAGCCACGAGGACGGAGACUACUACGAGGUGGACAUCAAUGGACUUGAGAUCUUGGAGUGCAAGUAUAAGGUGGCUGUGUCUGAGGCAGGAGAGCUGAAGGAGGAACUUAAGACUCUGAAGACAGAAUACCAGGCCUGUCAGUCACGCUACGAAGAAGAGCGCACCCGUCUGGAGCAUGAAGUCGAUUCUUUGGAAGAGAAACUGUUCACUUUGGAGAAGAUGAGCUACGUAGACAGAGAGGAGAAGACUAAGCUAGAGAAGGAGCUGCGCAAGUUGAGUGAUGUGGCAGGCGAGUCCCAAGGGAGUCUGAGUGUGGCUCAGGAUGAGCUGGUGACCUUCAGCGAAGAGCUUGCCACCCUUUACAACCACGUCUGCAUGUGCAACAACGAGACUCCCAACCGCGUCAUGCUCGACUUCUACAAAGAGGGUAAGGGUGGUCGGAAUAGCCCAGAGGGCCGCGACCGGCGCUCCCCCAUCCUUCUCACAAAGGGGCUCUUCCCAGAGCAUGGUAAAACCGACCUUAGUGAUGGAGCUCCUUCACCAGUCUCCUCCAUACCUUCUCCUGUCUCCGACCACCGGCGCGAGCCCAUGAACAUCUAUAAUCUGGUGGCCAUCAUCAGAGACCAGAUCAAACAUCUGCAGCUGGCUGUGGACCGCACCACCGAGCUGUCGCGCCAGAGGGUGGCCUCUCUAGAGCUCGGCACUGUGGCAGACAAGGACAAAGAAGCCUGCAUGGAGGAGAUCCUCAAACUGAAAUCCCUGCUCAGCACCAAGCGGGAACAGAUUGCCACUCUGCGGACGGUCCUCAAGGCCAACAAGCAGACCGCUGAAGUUGCUCUGGCCAAUCUGAAGAGCAAGUACGAGAACGAGAAGGCCAUGGUGACAGAGACCAUGAUGAAACUGAGGAACGAGCUCAAAGCUCUGAAGGAGGAUGCAGCCACCUUCUCUUCUCUCCGAGCCAUGUUUGCCACACGUUGUGACGAGUACGUGACCCAGCUGGAGGCGAUGCAGAGGCAGCUGGCUGCAGCAGAGGACGAGAAGAAGACCCUGAACUCCUUGCUGCGAAUGGCCAUCCAGCAGAAGCUGGCUCUGACGCAGCGUCUGGAGGACCUGGAGUUCGAUCACGAGCAGACCCGUCGGGGAGGCAACGCGGGCCGGUCUAAAGCACGUAGCAAAGCAGCCGGCAGCGGCGCCAACAACAACACCCCCCACGUUAGUCAGAGCCUCACCUGCUCUGUCAGACCUGAGCCCAAUAACGCUCUGCCCAACGGCAUCCUAGGAGGCCCGGGCAUUUUCUGCAGCGAGAAGUACAAGAUCUACUGUGACUGAGAAGCGGUUCAAACGUCCGCACAGACUGCUGUGUACAGAAGGGAGUGGGGGUGGUAAACCCUCCCUGCCUUUAGUGUCAAAGAGCCCCACUCGCUUAGCUCCCUGGCCAGCCCGUGCUCCUUUAGGGACUGCGUUGUUACUAACCGGCUGCUCGUUUGUGCUGUUGUAAACGCUUAGGGGAAUGCUGAUGUGUGUACAGUGUGCACUAGACGUUUGGACAGCAGUAGACAAAUGUGGCAUGUGGCCCUGGUUAUAUUAGGGGUGUUUUUUGUGGAUAUUGUGGGUUGUCUAAUUUACCCUGCUGUCACGGUGCUGUACGUACGAUGUAAAAGGUGACAGCUUGUGUGUGGGUGUUUGUUCUGGCCCCCUUUGUGGCUCGCCUAGUAACAUAAACACAUUUCUAAGAGGGGUAGAGGCUUGUGCAGACAAUAUCACUGAACAGCAUCCUCAGUUUUUAGGGUGGUCUGUUGGCAUUGGUGCUCCUUUGAUGAAAAACAAGCCCCCAACUUCCCCCUUUCUGCUCGUGCGGCCUCGAAUGACCCACGUCCAGCAGCCUGCUUUUUAAUCAAGGAACUGUUUACAAGAAACAUGAACAAAAAUAUGCAAGCUCCUUCUGCUCUGUGGCUAGAGGAGCAAAAUAGAAAUCUAUAUAUAAAUUUUAAACUGAAAAAGGGGGUCAGUGGCUUUAUAACGAUAUGGGCAGAAAAGGAGCACCUGUGACCACAGGUGUUUAUUUCAGGAUCAUUUAAAAGCUGUGAUGCUAGCACACCAAUACGAUAGGGUCAGUAGAAUCGCAUGGCUUUGCAGCUGAGAAUAUUUAUCAGCUUCUUCAUUUUUUACUGUUUCCCCUGCUGUCAGGUGUGCAGUGUUACAUGAACUCAUGUGCUACAGGGCUCCACGUUGUAAGAAGACAACAUAAGGGGGGUAAAUUGGUGAGUGGUGAAACCCUAGAGGGCUAUACGUUCCAUUUGACCCAACGUGUUGCGGUGGAUUUGUUCAGAGCCAUAAAAGAACCGAAGAGAGGACGUUUGACAAAUCGAUCUCUGCAUCUAAAUUAAGUGCACUUCAUCAAAAGGUGCCUCAGGUUCCUGUUUCUGUUUUAAAUGCUAAAACACAACUACUGUGAACAGAGAUACUUCAUAGCUUUGUUCAAAUUAUAUUUUUAAAUAUUGAGCAAAUUCAAGAAGAGCACACAUGAGAACAAAGAAGGAAAGAAAAGCUCCUCACAUCUGGAAAUGAAUUUGCUAGCAAAAGCUUGACCAGGUGGCGAAAAGUGCCUGUCGACAAACACUUGACGUAUUUAUCUGUUGUUGUAAAGCCCUGUCCUCGUGUCUCACGUCUCUCCGAUCUGCUAAGAGCUGUCAAAUAAUCUCACACAACUUUGUGGGUUAAAGCAGUUUUUUGUCUAAUCUGAGCGUCUUGUUGCUAUAAAACCUUGUAGUUUGUCAGCAGCUUGCUCCCCCGACAUCACCGCUCACCAUUUAACAUAGAAUGAGGAGUUGUGGUGAAAAUAUUACUAUCAGGUAAUGUCCUCGCAUAUGCAGCAUGUGUGUGUGUGUGUGUGUGUGUGUGUGUGUGUGUGUGUGUGUGUGUGUGUGUGUGUGUGUGAGGGCCUCAUUCCUCUUUUCCUGUGUUUUUGGGUGUGUGAGGACAAAAACAAUAUACUCCUUUAGUAUUGAAAAUAGCUUUAAACCAUUGCAAGCUAGUAUUAAGCAAAUAGAAAAAGUGGGGCUUGUGUUUGAUAAUCCAUGUACUGCUAGUGGAUCAUAAACAUAUUAGCUUUAUGAUGCUAAAAGCAGGGUUGAUGUGUGGUAUACCUGCAAGAUCUACUUUCAGAUUGGAACAUUUUCUAACACAACAAAACUAAAUGUGGAACUCUGUUCCUGAUAUGUUCACAUGCAGGUUACAGUCUUGCAGGAGCCUCCUACAGUAUUCUUUUUGAAGACAAAUACAAAUUCAGUCCUUCUAAAACAGGAACGCUGUAAGCGGUCAACCCUGCUUGAGUGUGCAUCCAUAAGCCACAGCACAAAGCAUGGAUAAAGGCUAUUAAAUGUACACGUUAGAGGAAAAAAUAUCCAAAAAGCCUCGUUCCUACGUUUCACUUGAUAUCUGAGUUUUGUUUCUAUCAGUUUGUGCUGAAGAGAGAAAACAAAGUACAGGAGAGGUAAACCAGCUCCAGAGAUUCAUUCUGAGAGCUCAUGGAGUAAAGCUUCUGGGAUUCUCCAGAGGGGGAAUCUCCUGGUGAUAUUUGGAGGAAGAAAACCAGUAACAAGCGGCUGCUUAAUGAACCAGCAGACAUUUAUACAAAUAAUUCGAGCCCCUCUCCUUUUGUAUGGGCUGUGUAGAUUUAUUGGACAAUAAAAUAGCUCUCAGGAUGUGAUUGUGACUAGAAAUGUUCUAAAUAGAUGAACUCUUGCGUAGCUCCAUCUAGUUCCAAACCUAUGUCCGGUCUACCUGGUGUCAUUCAAUAUGCCACCAAUACAAGCUCCUCCUACCUCUUCCUGCAGGCUCCUCCCUCAUCCCCUCUGAGUUAAAUGUCACGCGAUGCCCACUGUUUCUGAUUCACCUUAAGCCUGCAUGUCCACACAUAACUCAUUUUUGAUUAACCAUGAGAGAAGGGCUCUUGUGAGCUGGUUGGUUGAUGAUGUGGCUUCGUCGUCGUUCUGUGAUUUCAAAGCCGCCGGUACUUGUGAGAUUUUGGCUUCCGGGCAGGAUAAUCAGUAGAGAGUGUGUUUUUAGGAACACAUUUGCGUUUGUGACGGGAACGAUCCUAACAUCGUCUCCUCCAUCUGUCCGAUCUUCAGGUUUUAAGCACAAUUGUUUGAUAUGUUUUUUUUUUUUUUUUUUUGCAUCUCUGCUGGAAGCCAAUUUCUCACCAGUUUACCUGAAACAGAUUCUGAUUGGAUCAUUCAGCCUUCCAAUUAGAAGCCAGGGGAUUUGAGUUUGUUUUCUCGGUGCAACAUAGUAAACAUUUAUUCGGUUUUGUUAUUAUUCUUAUUUUAUUUCAUUUUAAUCUGUGCACUUUCUUCCUAAAGGAUGUUAACAUUAUUAACCUAUUAGGAAAGCAUGGUAGUACUAUGGUUUGUGCGUUAUUCAGUAAUAAUACAUUCUCCUGAAUUUAAAUAUAGUAUUUACUUGAGAACGUACUCCACCAACCAUAAUGUACUACUAUGUUGUCCGUCCUCAAGAUUUUAUCCAUCAAAUAACCAUUUUUUAAGUGUUUUGUCACGUUUGACAUGUUUUGCUGAUUUGUUAGUUCUACUGCCAUGGUCUAUAUAAAAAUCCAGGGUGAUUCUGGGUUUUUUUCAUGCAUUUAUUAUUCCUAGGAAUAGCUCAAAAUGACUCACAGAAACUUGACAACGCUCUGAUUCCCGUCGGUAAGCUGGCUUUGGAGAAAAAUUUGAGUGAAUGCUUUCUCUGAGCUUCUGACUGAGAGCGUUCCACUGAACUGCGAUCACUGACCUUCAGAAUUCUCUGCAAAGGGUGACAAUUAAAUUCCAAAUUGGAAUUGCUUCAUUCUCUCUCCAUUUUUAUUGUGCCAAAUCUUGGUACACUGUUUAGGUCGACAAGAAUCAGGACUGGAAAAGAAGACAAGCUGAGAAAGGUAGUCGCUGUGGGGUUGAAGUUUUGGUUUGGGUUUAUUCUGUUGGGUUUGUUUAGUUCUUCGUUUCUGACCAGUAGUGCCUUUCAUCAUUUCGAGGGAGAAUCUUAGAUUAGAUGUUUGUUUUUAUAGGUGAGGACUUUGGGUUUGAACCGACUGUGAGCAGCAAUAAAAGCAAAGGGAUUUUUUCCCCUCUUUCUGCACGAGUGACGUAAUAGUUUUAAAAUUAGCUAAAUGAAACAAAAAUUGUAUUGAAUUCUGCAGGUCAGUGAUCCAAUCAAGAACUUCAGGGGUAUUAUGAAAAGGUUUUGUUUUUUCCUCAUUAAACUUCAGGAACCAAAAGAAAUCCUUUGGCCUCCUGCUAUUAAACAAAAAGCUCCAAACACCUGUUUUGUGUUCGGAGUAAAUCUGUGUACCAUUGGAAACAUCUACACAUCUCUAGCUUUGGUAAAGGUAAUGCGAUAUCAAUAGUAUUGUUGGAAAAUGUGCAGCAAGCACAUUUUUAUCUUUAUGUUUGAAGUUUUUAUUUGUUGUUUUUAUUAUUACAGCUGUUUUUUUACAUCUUUGAACAUUUAUGUUUUCAGGAAACAGAAAACAGAAUUUGCAUCAACAAGCUCGAAUAGUGCCAUUUAUAGCCAAUGCUAGUUUGUUGAGGCAUUAAAAGUUAAUAAUAUGGAAGAAAGCUACAAUAAAAGUGCAAUUGAAAUACUGUUUUACAUUUUUGAUAAAAAAUGAAAGGUUUUCUGUUUGCUGGAAGCUAUAGCAUUAUGAAAAAUAAAAAAAAAUAGCUUUGAAAACUAUUGUCAUAAUGUCUUUCAGUAUUGAUCCGUAAUAAUGAGAGUUUGAUGUCUUUAUAUGAAAUAACGACUUCACUUGUAUGUUGGUAUUUAUUUGAAAUUGUCAUGCAGUACUGUAUUUUAUCAAUAAUGUGCAUUAUGAUUAGUGGUAUACUGAUUACACCUAAACGUCAUAUGCAUGUUUCUCAGUCAUGGGACCCUUACACAAAACUGAAAACAAAUAUGUUAAAUUUUGUUGGGAUGAUUGUUAUUAUUGGAAAACAAAUGGAGAAAAUUAUGAAAAAUAAUUAAGUUUGAUGUAUUACUGCUGAGCUAAUAAUCCUAUGAAAGUGUUUGUUUUCUAGCUGAGGAGUGGUGUUUCUGUGUAAGGGUAGUCAUGCUGAUUAAAGUCAAUAAAUGUGAUCUGUGA